GAAGGACAUGACUACGGUCUAGGUAAUAGUAUACCAUUAGUUACGAUGGAUAAUGUUUCUUAAAAAUUUAAGUAGUUACUUUUAGUGUUUAACUUUAUAUCGGUUGAUUAAAUUAAAUACGGAUAGAAGGUACCACCAGGCACAUUUGAAGAAAAGCUGUUUUGUUUCAGAAACCAUGAACUAUUCAUUGAUAGCUGGGUUAGUGGUAGCAGCAUACCAUCUUUAUAUAGCCUGGAGGCGUCCCGAAUAUGAAGACGGAUAUAAUAACAGCAGAGGAGGACAAGGAGGAGGCCAAGGAGGAGGAGGCCAAGGAGGAGGCCAAGGACAUAAUAAUCAGGGACAAGUACCUGGCCGAAGUAUAACUUACAGAAGAAAUGGUAUGCUUUGUUUGCCUUCUAUUUACAAAGGGAAUUUCGAUCAGAACACCGAAGUUGCUGUGAAGAUAGUAAGAAUUCGUCAAUCUGACCGUGCAUGGAUCGAUACAUACCUUGCAAGUCUCAAAGAACGAUUAAUACGUGUUGUUGACAAUAACCAUGACGCCAUUAAAGAAGGCUCCAUUGCAAAUAUUGUCUGGUUUUAUUGUUACGAGUUUGAGAUUGGCGAAAAUACGUUACACUUACUUUUGGCAUUAGAACUGUGCGACUGCAAUCUAGAAGAAUAUAUACAAUCCCGGCACAAUCACCCACCAAUAUCAAACAACGAGAUAAUCUCUCAGAUAUUAUUUGGGCUCCAGUACCUGCAUUCACGACAAAUUGUCCAUGGCAACCUCAAACCGUCAAAUAUUCUUUUACAAAAGGGGGCCGGUGGCGGGCAAGUCUUUAAGUUAUCUGACUUUGGCUUAUACAAAAUGAAUACUAGAAAACAAGAGGUAACUUUGGGUUGGAUACCACCGGAGAUGUAUGCCUUAUUGAUAUCUCAAGACUUUUACCCGAAAGAAAGUUUUGAUAUUUUCCCACUUGGUCUUAUCUUUCAUUUCAUUGUUACGAAUGGUCAUUACGUAUUCAAGACUCAGGAAGAUAUACAAAGUGGAAAUGCCGAUUUUACACAUGUUGUUAGUAAUAGACCACUUUUUAACUUACUAAGACUCAUGUUAGCACAAAGACAAGAUGACAGACCAUUGACCCAGGCUAUAAUGAAGCACCCUGCACUAUGGAGCUGUGAAAAAAUGCUGGACUUUUUUUGUAAUGCAAGUAACUUGUUGACGGAUCGAUCAAAAUCCCGGAAUUGUACAAUAGAAGACAAUUCUGCCAAUGUUUUAUGCGGAGGAAACUGGCGUGUGCAUUUAACAUCUUCAAUUGAAAAUUAUUUAUUUUCCACAGCAGCUAUUCACAACCGCAACAGUAGUAAUCAGAACCAACCAGAUUGUGACGAAACAUCUGUGAAGUCUUUAUUGCGGGCUAUACGAAACAAUGACAUUAAAGGUCAUUAUAAUCAGUUGCAGCCGGGUGUAAGAACAGAGUUUGGAAACUAUCCGGAUGGUUAUUUACGAUACUGGACCAACAAGUUCCCCGACCUGUUGAUGCAUGUUUAUGAUGAGAUGAAAGUUUAUGGGUCAGAGCCAAGUAUGAAAACAUUUUACGCAUAACAAUAUCUUUAAGUAGCUAAACGGUUGUAUUUUAGUGUACUGUACUGUACUUUUAAACCCAUGUUGCAACAGCGCUCGUGUUAUUGAUACAGAGAAAAAACUUGUGCUGAGAUUGUUUUAAGUAAAACAAAGCAUGAAAAACAAAACAUGCAAAGUGUUUUGUAAAUGUAUAUAUUUAAUUUGUAGACAAAAAACUUGUACAAAGUGUCUUAUAUAAUGAACGAGGUAAAUCUAUUUUAAAGACACGGAGUGCGCAAAAAUAGGCUCAAUGUGGAAAGAAAAAAUAACAAAAGCUACAAAAACUGUACAAUGUCCUUUUUAAAGAUGACAAAACUUGUGCAGUGUUUUGUGAUUUUAAUUUUUAUCUAGGAAGAAAACUUGAACAGUGAAAAAAUAAAGACCAUAAAUCUUGUGAAACAUGUAAAGUGGGACAUUUUGUAGUCACAUAUAUGUAACACUUACUUUUUGUUUGAUUUCUUACGUGUACUUUUUAUACUUAAUGCCUGAUAUUUUAAUAAGUUUAUUGUAAAUGUGAUGAAACACUGUAUAAGCAUUAAAUUUAACACGUGCUUGCGUGUGCAAGCACCGCGCGCGCACACACAAACAAACGGAAAUCAAUUCUUAUAUAUUGAUUGGCAGUUGGAGAAAAACAAAUAUUUAUAAUGGAUGGAUUUUUGAAUUUAAUUCAGGAGUAGCUAUAUCCAUCGAUUUACUGCCUGCCAUCCCCCACACGAAAAGCAGUUUUAUUUCCUUUUUUUAUUUUUUUGUCUUUUUCUUAAUAUUUUCAUAUCGAUAUACACACAAACACGCACGCACGCACACACACACGCACACACACACACAUAAAUUCAUUGAGGAUCAUUGUUUGUUUGUGUGUAAGAGAAAUUUAAUUUCAUCGAGUGAGCUUCAAAAACAGUACAGUGAGAAUACUGGUUUUAAAAUAAAAUUGCAUCUUACACAUCAAACAAACACAUUUUUUUAUUUCAUGCUUAAAAACAAGUUUAAAUGAAAUUCCCCCAAUAUUAACUUUAAUAUUAAAAUCUGUUUUCCCCACUAGUAGCCUCUUUGUAGUCGAUUAUGAUUAUCUCAUAAAUACGAGAAGUCAUGAGCUGAAAAAUAAGUUCUACAAUCAACGUUAAAUUGCGAUGAUUUUAUUUGUAAUGUUCAAAAAACAUGAAUGAUCUCUUGUUUUAAUAAAAAAAUUCAAGCAGUAGAAAAAGUCACACAAUCCAUCCUUAUUUCCGUUACUUACGGCAAAUUUAUAUUAGACCAGGAGCCAAGAGUAGUAUAAGCGACCGCCAUUUUUUAAAGAUCCUGUAUGUUUUGUGAUUGAUAUUGUUACUGCGUGUAUACCACACUUGCAAAAAAUAUAUAUGUAUAUAAUUAUGCAAAUUAAACAAUUUUCAAACAUCGAAGAAUAUGUAAAAUGUGUACUGUAAAUAUUUGUGCACAUUAUAUUUAAUGAAUAAAUUAUAUGCAUUCAUUUCUUAUUGGAAAAUUUGACUUAGAAUAUAUAGAAAAUAAAUUUCUAAUUACCCCCCUUUAUUUACAUGAAAUAUUAAAUUCGGUAAUAUCUUUAUAAAUAAUGCUUAUUGGAACUUACAAUAUUGACAAAUCUUAAUUUGAGCAUCAUAUUUAUGAAAUAAAACCAUGAAAAAAAUGUGUUACAGGAUCUUUAAAAAUUGUGUAUAAAUAAUUGUGUUAGAUUCAGGGGAAUAUCAUUAAAAAUUUUGUCAUGUAUUAGUAGAAAAAAAAACUUGAAUUUUCUGUUUAGUAUAUUCUUUUCUCUUUUUUAAUCUUAUGAUUUGGAAAAAAAAUCCCUUUAAUUUUGUGUUUUGACUGAAUUUAGAAAAAAGUAGUCCGGCAUGACAUCAGUGAAAAUUUGGAAAACAUCUUUCACUGUAGUCAAAAAUAAAUGUUUAGUGUGUGUAAAACAUACAAAAUCACAUAAUAUUACAGUGUGAAAAUACGUAAAAUGAAAAUACGCAUUUCAUUUCAUCAAUAUAAAUUUUCUCAAUGUUUCAUUAAUAAGUCUAUAAUAAAUUACAUUAUUUACUACUUAACUAACAUUAAAACUGUUUACAGUGAAAAUAACCUUUCUUUUGUUAUUGACGCGUCUUUACUCUAUGUU